GGGAGUCACAUCACACAUUUCCCUCUUCUGCGCUGCCUUGUCGGAACUUGAGUAUGGACUGAAAAUUGGGAUCUAUUGACAUCGCAGCAAAGCUGUUAAGCAGUCUCCGAAGAGAUGCUAUUACGAGUUUUGCCGAUUUUAAAUAACGACCAUUUCCUGAGAUUCUCCAUUUACCUACUCAGCACACCCUACUCAACAUCUCUCGAAUAAUGUUUUAUUUUUUCUAAUUAUUAUUAUUUUGGGAAAUCAUUUGUUAGCUACUAUCACACAACACAUAGGCUAAAAAUCUUAAACUCAAUUGCAUCAUACUCAGGCUCUAAGCCCACCGACAGCUUUUUGGAGUCGCUUUCAUCCAUAGUCGUUCAGUCUGUUGUCUUCUGUUCUGAGAGUCAAUAAGAGUUCAAUUUACACGAUAGCUAUGGACCUGUACGUUCGUUUUAAAUGUUGUUUGAAUAUAUUUAUAUAAACUAUUCAUGUGAAUACAUUAUUUUACUUAUCACAUCUAAUUCACCCGGAAACAGAUUUGACAUUUUCGUUUUAUUUUAACAGCUUGAUUAUUGCGCUGUCUCACUUCUUCAAAUACUAGGCUAUCUGUUGCACAGCCGAGUUAUGAGGUGUGGGGUCACGAUUUAGUAGCCCAAUCCUAAGUGUGGGUAGUGUUGUUUUACUACUAGCCGCGGUGGUUAAAAAGGUCGGUUGACUUUUUUAACCACUUGCCAAGAAAUCUGAUCAGGUAAUCUGUGCGCUCGCCCGAGUCUUAUUCAGCACCAAGGACAGUUACUCACGCUCGGCUCAGCUGCGAGGCGCGAAAACUUCAUUCACUCGGUCCUUGUACCUUCGUUCAUCCACUGUCUACCAACCAAUUGUUUUUUCGGAAGAACAAAAGAUUUAUCGGUAAUAACACCAAGGAUAUGAAGUACCUGACCUAAUCCAUGGAACCUGUUGGACUUGGAAUCGCUCGGGAGUGAGAUUUAUUGGACAGGCUGUAAUCUCGUUAAAGAAGAACCUUAAAGAAGAUGCCAUUGAUGCAGGGGAUGGCCUCAGCGGGGACACAAAAACUGUCACUUUAAGAUCUGGCGUUGCUGUAUGCUCCUCAGCUCCAGAAAGAACAAAGAAAACCAGAGAAACGCCAGACAGCAGUGACCUGACUCCCUCAGGGCCUAGGGUCAUGUCACCGUGUAGGUCCCCCGGUUUGGGGCUUCACCCCACGCCCCGACCCCUCCAUCUCUAUCUGCUGGGUGUGUGUCUCUCUCUCCUGGGCCCACCGUGCCUCCCCAUGUCAGCCUUCAGCAUGGAUACCAAGAGGGAGAUCACGGUGGACGGGGACUUGAUAAUAGGAGGUCUGUUCCCGGUGCACCAGAAGGGGGAGGGCGUCGAGGACUGUGGGAAGAUCAACUCUCAGAGAGGGAUCCAGAGGCUGGAAGCCAUGUUGUUAGCCUUGGAUGAGAUCAACAGGGAUGAUCGCUUGCUGCCGGGGAUGAGGCUGGGAGCCCACAUCCUGGACACCUGCUCCAAGGACACCUACGCCCUAGAACAGUCCCUGGAGUUUGUCCGUGCCUCCCUGACCAAGGUGGACGACAGUGAGUACACCUGCCCUGACGGCUCCUACGCCAUCCACGACGACGUCCCCCUGGCAAUCUCUGGGGUGAUAGGAGGCUCCUACAGUGAUGUAUCUAUCCAGGUGGCCAACCUCCUUCGUCUCUUCCAGAUCCCUCAGAUCAGCUACGCCUCUACAAGUGCCAAGCUCAGUGACAAGAGCCGCUACGACUACUUUGCCCGCACCGUUCCCCCCGACUUCUAUCAGGCCAAGGCCAUGGCAGAGAUCUUGCGCUACUUCAACUGGACAUACGUGUCCACCGUGGCAUCGGAGGGUGACUACGGUGAGACCGGCAUCGACGCCUUCCAGCAGGAGGCCCGUGCCCGCCAGAUCUGCAUCGCCACCUCGGCGAAGGUCAGCCGAUCAAUGAGCCGCUGGAGCUAUGACGCCGUGAUCCGCUCUCUGGAACAGAAGUCCAACGCCAAGGUGGUCAUCCUCUUCACACGCAGUGAGGACGCCCGUGAGCUGCUGGUGGCAGCCAAUCGCAUGAAUGUGUCCUUCACUUGGGUGGCAAGCGAUGGCUGGGGGGCUCAGGAGAGUGUGGUGAGGGGUAGUGAAACUGUGGCGGAUGGGGCCUUCACCAUUGAGCUGGCCUCCUACCCCAUCCCCCAGUUUGCUGAGUACUUCACAGGUCUGAACCCCCACAAUAACACACGUAACCCCUGGUUCAGGGAGUUCUGGGAGAAUCGCUUCCAAUGUAGUCUCCAUGACCUUGCCUGUGGGAAGCAUUCUCUCCGGGAUGGCCUGUUUGAGCAGGAGUCCAAGAUCAUGUUUGUGGUGAAUGCUGUCUAUGCUAUGGCCCAUGCCCUGCACAACAUGAGGCAGGCACUUUGCCCCAACUCCACCACCAAGGUCUGUGACGCUCUGAAGCCCGGCAAUGGCAGGAGGUUCUACAGGGAAUAUAUCCUCAAGGCAAAAUUUGAUGCUCCAUUCCGCCCAGCAGACACAGAGAACAUAGUAAGGUUUGAUGCCUUUGGAGACAGUCUGGGCCGCUACAACAUCUUCCACUACCACAAAGAGGACGAACGCUAUGUGUACCGUAAAGUGGGCUACUGGGCCCAGAAUCUGACCCUUAACACCAGCCAGAUUCCCUGGGAGGGCCAAGCGCCUCCCACCUCCCAGUGCAGCGACCCCUGCAGGAAGAACGAAGUGAAGAGCAUGCAGCCAGGGGACGUGUGCUGCUGGAUCUGUAUCCCCUGCCAGCCCUACCAAUACUUGAUGGAUGAGUUCACAUGUGCCGACUGCAAGUUUGGUGAAUGGCCCCUGGCCAACCUGACAGGCUGCUUUGACUUGCCGGAGGAGUACAUUCGUUGGGAGGACGCCUGGGCUAUAGGUCCUGUUACCAUCUCCUGCCUGGGCAUGAUGUGUACUCUCUUCAUUAUCGGCCUUUUUCUCAAGCACAAUGACACCCCCGUGGUCAAAGCCAGCGGGCGGGAGCUGUCCUACAUCCUGCUGCUGGGUGUGCUGAUGUGCUACAGUAUGACCUUCAUCUAUAUUGCCAAGCCGUCCAUGGCUGUUUGUACCCUACGUCGACUCGGCCUGGGCACCUCUUUCGCGGUGUGCUACUCAGCGCUCCUCACCAAGACCAACCGCAUAGCACGCAUCUUCAGCGGGGUGAAGGACGGAGCCCAGCGGCCGAGGUUUAUCAGCCCUGCCUCCCAGGUGGCCAUCUGCGGUGGUCUGAUCUCCUGCCAGCUGAUAGUAGUUGUGGUGUGGCUUCUGGUGGAGACCCCUGGGGUCAGGAAGGAGGUGAGCCCGGAGAGGAGGGACGUAGUGACACUCAAGUGCAACAGCAAGGACUCCAGCAUGCUCAUGUCCCUCACAUACAACUGCGUCCUCAUCAUCCUCUGCACUGUCUAUGCCUUUAAGACCCGCAAGUGCCCUGAGAAUUUCAACGAGGCCAAGUUCAUUGGGUUCACCAUGUACAACCACCUGCAUCAUCUUGGCUGGCCUUCCAGCCAAUAUUCUAUGUCACGGCCAGCGAACUAUAGGGUGCAGACCACCACCAUGUGUAUCUCUGUCAGUCUGAGUGGCUCAGUAGUGUUGGGCUGCCUCUUCGCUCCUAAGACCCACAUCAUCUUGUUUCAACCCCAGAAGAACAUCACCUCACUCCGCGUGGCCACCACUCGCUUCAGCGUCACCACCGGCCCUGGAUCCAGCUUCUCUCAAGCUUCAGCCUCCAAUAUUGUGCCAACGGUGUGUAAUGGGCGAGAAGUGGUGGACUCCACGACUUCUUCCUUGUGAACACUGACUGACUGAGCCUCAUGUUCCUUUUGCUGCCAAACAUCGUAUACAGAGUUCUAUAAUCACUAGUCCAGAAUCAGCUGUUUCAGAUAUUAAAGAGGUCACACAAAAGAUUGUCCUAAAUUUGUUGUCCUCUAAGUGCUGUGAGUACAAUGUCCCAAUUCUGUUUUCGUUCUCUGACUAGUAGCGAAGAGAUGCCAAUAAAAGUGCAGUAUUAUAGCCCUUCUUUUAAUUGCAAAAUGAAGAAAAGUAUAGUAAUUUACUUGAGACAUGGAGUAAAUUAUAGUAAAUCUGUUAAAUGUAAUAUAUACAUAAGAUGUUUUUAAUGUAGAUUUUGGUG